UAAUAUUUUCCCAGAAAAAAAAAAUAUAAUAAGCAUGAUUGAGAAUGAAACUCAGAUAACAAAAAAGUGGCGACGCCUGAGAGAUUCGAACUCUCGCGGGCAGAGCCCAUGUACUUAGCAGGCACACGCCUUAACCACUCGGCCAAAGCGUCUCGAUGAACGAGUUGAUGGAAAUAAUAAAUAAUAUUCUCUUAAUAUUUUUUAAUAACAUUAUUUUAAUAUCUAUCAAUAGCAAUGAAAGAACUCGCGAACGGCUAGUACCCAUCUUUCAAAAAUACAAUUUUCCCCCGCCAUACACUCUUUUCUGCAUCCCCUUCUUUAUGCUUCGUUCCUCUCGCUUCCAUGUAGAGGCAGCUAUGGCUUCACCUGCAAUUGCCCAUUUGCCCAUUUCCCCCAUUUACACACCAAAACCCCAAUGUCAAUCCCCCCACAACUCUAACCCUAAUUCUACUCUUACCCCACAACUCCCUUUCAUCCUUCAAAAACUCGAAUGGUGUCGAAACAUGGAAGAAUUGAAGCAAAUUCAUGUCCCUGUAAUCAAACUAAGCCAUCUACAAUCCACACUAGUUCUGAGCAAAAUCUUGUCAUUUUCUUCUAUUUCUCCUUUUGGAAACAUCGAUUAUGCACUUGCCUUUUUCUGUCAGAUCACAAACCCAACUACCCAUUUCUACAACUCCAUCAUAAGGGGCCUUUCUCAAAGCAAAAAGCCCGAAAAAGCAAUAUUAAUUUUUAAAGACAUGGUCCAAAGAGGGGCGAUUCCUGAUAAUUAUACAUACCCAUUUAUCAUUAGAGCUUGCGCUCGACUUGGGGCAUUACAGGAAGGAGAGGAGAUUCAUGCUCAAGCUAUUAAAGUUGGGUUGCUUUGUGAUGUCUAUGUAGUCAACAAUCUGAUGAGAAUGUAUGCUGAUUGUGCUUGCAUCGAAGCUACCCGCCAAUUAUUCGAUGAAACCCACGAGCUUGAUUUGGUCUCUUGGACUACAUUGAUUACCGCAUAUGCAAACUUGGAUUUUCAUAGGGACGCAAUUGACGCCUUUCUCAACAUGACUUUGGCGAAAAUAAAGGCAGAUGAGGUGACAAUGACUGUUGUUUUAUCUUCAUGUGCUCAAUUAGGGGACCUUGAAUUGGGUGAAAGGGUCCACAAGUACAUAGAGAAAAAUGGGGUGAAAUUAGAUGUAUUUGUGGGUAAUGCUUUGGUUGAUAUGUAUUUGAAAUGUGGUGACAUGAACAUGGCUUUGAAAAUUUUCGAUGGAAUGCCUAAAAGAAAUGUAGUCACAUGGAAUGCUCUUAUUGCUGGACUAGCACAGCAAGGGUUUUCUAAGGAGGCAUUGUCAGCUUUUCGCCAAUUAUUGUGCACAAAUGAGGCCACCCCAGAUAGCCACACUAUUGUUGGGGUGCUUUGUGCUUGUGCUAGCUUGGGCGCUCUAGAUUUAGGCAAAUGGAUCCAUGCCUAUAUAGGAAAGAAUAACAUUGAAACAAAUGGGUUUGUUGGUAACGCGCUUAUUGACAUGUAUGCGAAGUGUGGGAGCAUAGACAGUGCAUUCCUAGUCUUUAGUGACAUGAGAGUCAAGGAUGUGUAUUCUUGGACGGCCAUAAUUGUAGGGUUCGCCAUUCAUGGGAAGGGUCCAGAGACCCUAGAGAUCUUCAUUGAAAUGAUAAGGCAAGGGAUGGAGCCCGAUAGUGUUACACUAAUUGGAGUUCUAUCUGGAUGUAGCCAUGCUGGGUUGGUUGAAGAGGGUCGACACCAUUUCAAGGCCAUGCCAAACUUGUAUAAGCUCACACCUCAAAUUGAGCAUUAUGGAUGUAUGGUUGAUCUCUUUGGUAGAGCCUCACUUUUCGAGGACGCCAUGAAGAUCAUUGAUGACAUGCCUAUGGAACCUGAUGCCUCAGUUUGGGGUGCCCUUCUUGGGGCUUGUAGGAUCCAUGGUAAGGUUGAUCUAGGGGAAAGAAUUGCCAAAAAGCUUAUAGAUCUAGAGCCUACACAUGAUGGAACUUAUGUCCUUAUAUCGAACUUAUAUGCAUCUAAUAAGAGGUGGAAAGAUGCGAUAAAUGUGAGGAAAACAAUGAAGGGUUUGAAGAUUAAGAAGCAACCAGGUUGUAGCCUCAUAGAAUUGGAUGGUGUAGUCUACGAAUUUCGAAUGGGAGAGGAAUCACAUCCUCAAACUAAAGAUAUAUACUCCAUGUUAGAAGAGAUUACAGAGCGUCUGAAACACGCAGGGUACACAGCAAACACUUCACAAGUGUUGCUUGAUGUGGAUGAGGAGGAAAAGGAGUACGCAUUGUGCAGGCACAGUGAAAAGCUGGCUAUUGCUUUUGGACUAAUUAACACUAGCCAUGGCACAACACUACGUAUUGUGAAGAAUCUUAGAGUUUGUAGUGACUGUCACUCUAUGACAAAGUUUGUCUCUGAGAUUUUCCAUCGGGAGAUUGUUGUGCGAGAUCGGAACCGCUUCCAUCACUUCAAGGGAGGAUUGUGUUCUUGUGGGGACUAUUGGUAGUUAGAAAUUUUAUUUUCUUAUAUUUUUUUCUUUUCGUGUUUGUGUUUUGGUGGAGGGAGGGGUGGAAUCCCUAGUGUUAAUUUGAAACUAAAUAUACUACAAUAAAAUG